AGUCCUUGGCUGAGCGUUCCCAAGAUGCCGCCACGCAAGGGAAAGAGAAAGAGAAGCAAGAAAACCACUGCUCUCAAUGAUGUUAAGAAAAGCGGGCUAGAACAAUGGGAUCCAUCCCAUCCCAAAAAGCUGGAUGAACCUUGUGCGUGAACUUAAAGCGAUGGUGAAUGGUUUCCAGUCGAACGUAUUUUGGAUACCAUAUGUAUCGUGGGAACGAAUAGAAUGUGGCGACGUCUGGUGCAGUGGAAGCCAAGCUGUAUUGUCAAGGAUGAAACCUCAAGGUCAAGAGGUCGUCAAAAAAUUGAGUGGAAUCGAAGGGAGUUUAUGUGCUCGGAUUCUGCAGUACGUAUCACUGAUCCGGAUGGGACGUCUACUUCGAGUAUCUUGCAACCCCACCCCAUCAACUCGGGUAAAUAUCCCCGACUGUCUGAAACGUGAUCCAGACGCUCCAAAAGUGGCGAGAAAUGUCACAGUGAAUCAGAACGUGAAAGAUGAAAAUGAGGAUUUUGUCAAUGCGUCAUCCGCAUGUGAUGAAGUGUUGAUAAUCUACGAUAAGGAAAGUCUUUGCAAGAUCGUGACAUUUACUGAAGCAAAGACUGCCCCUUCUUCUAAGAAGAAGGGUGCGCCUGUAUGCACGACUACGAAAGACCAGCGUCUGAAUGCUGAGAGGGUAUCUAAGAGCACUGAUGAUGAGGUUGUUCAAAAACUGCAACUCCUGCAAAACCCAUGGAAAGCAACACAGAUUUCUGGCAUAUAUCCCGUUGAAAAGCGACAAGGUGGUCUGACUAGUCAUGGUUUCGAUCUCAUGGUGCUUUACUUCCUACAACAAAGAGGUCUAAUGCCUCGCCUUCACGAAAUGAGACCAAUGAUGCAAAAGUUACUGAGAGUUUUGAAGCAUUGGAGGAACCUUCGAAUCUUGCCUUAUUUACAAGUUGUACAAGUGGUUACGAAAAAUGUCAUGACGAGGGACAAAACUCAUUGGAGCAGAAAGUUAUUGCAGAUUGCAGAUCCCUUCAGAACCGAAAAUGUGGUUACGUUUACUAGAGCCUAUCAAGCAUACUUUUUCAACUGUUUCCUUAAGUCAUACUUACACUUUGCUGUUCCACAUUUAUUGCUAUUUUUAUAAUAAAAAUGAAAG